AUGGCUUUGGCUAUGGUGUGCCGCAUCGCCAACCAAUCGGGCGUGUUGGAGCGCCGGGCUGGCUUCACGUGCAAGGCCGCGUGGGAGAAACAGAAGUCCUGCCACCAGGCGAUCAUCGAUAACCAUGAGUGGGUCGACACUGUCCUGGAAGAGACUACUCCACAGCCCUGCUUGUUUGAAGACGUCAUGAGUCUGUGUCCAGACGGUGUGGUGGAUGAGACCAAGAGCCGCUUGUUCGCUUGCUGGUGCGAUGUUUCAAAGCGCAGCUUCUGGGAGAAUGCCCGGGCCGUCUACGCAUCGCCCAGCGCGGAGCACGGGGCGUGCCUGACGCACGCUUGUGCGUGCAGAGUGCCACAUGUUGACUUGGAUGUCAGCGGAUUGCCCUGCGUGGACAAUUCCCGCAUCAACAUAAAACGUAUGUACGAACAGGGAGGGACUGGUCCUUUGUUUGCGGUGUGGGCACGCAGAUUGCGAGCCUAUGGUAUACCUAUGGCGAUACUCGAAAACGACUUCAAAACUGAGAUCUUGAAUGGCCUUUUGGGUGAUGCGUACAACAUCUACCCACUCCAGGUGAAAACAGAUGAUGUGGGCCAUUCUGGUGUGUCCAGGAGCAGACUUUACAUCAUCCUGGCAUCCAAGCAGUGUCAGCAAAUCAUGGACCCCGGGCAGCUGUACAGCUCUGUAGCAGAGAGAAACCGCGGUCGUUUCUCUACGCAGCCCAAAGAUUACAUCAUUGCGGAUGAGUUCGAAGCAGGAGGGAUAUGUGAUGUGCCAGGUGUGCGGGGCAAGACUUUCCGUCCUAACGAGCCCAGCUUGGCCUAUCUGUUGAACCAGAGAGAACAGGAAGCGGUUGCGAAGCUAGACGACAUGUACCGGGAGCGAUUUCGGGAAGUUUCCCGGCAGAACUGGAACCUCGUUUACUUCUUGGGAGACGACCCCUCUUGGACGGCUUCGUGGUCGGCAGUCGGCCACAGAAUUCCGACGUUUAGAACGAAUUGCGGCACCGGCAAGUUUUGGCUGCCGGCAGCGCAGCGGUGGCUGACAGGACACGGACAUGCUUUGACUACCGAGGGUGCUCCUGAGAGCAGUGACGAAGAGGAGCAGGCCUACUCCCUCAAGUUCACAGACGCUGGGUGGGAGCUGAAGGACAACGAGAAGGGCAUGACGACCCUCCUGCCAGGACGUGCCACUGGUGGGGCCGACGAUUGGGUGCUGGGUCAGGAGAAGAAGGAUUCUAGACAGCAUGAACUCCUGUGCUUCUAA